UAAGUGUGCAUAUUUCCCCGGUGCCAUAUUUGAAAGGCUUGGCUUGACUGUGGCUCUGGAGGAAACUGGUCCGCCCGGCAGUCGGAGCGGAGGAGGGGGCACUCGGCGGUGAGCUCCAGGCGGUGUGUGUGUGAGCUGCUGACGGACACCGACACAUCUCCUCGACGGCUUCUCGAAAUACCUUCAACCGUCGCGGCGAUGACCACGCUCCUUCUCUAGCGGCCCUUCUGUGUCCCCUGACCGGAUUGAACGAUGUGAUUGGGAUCGGAGGCAGCUGCACUCCAGUGGUCGAGGACCUCACCCUACACUAGAAUGUACUUGAUGAAUGUGCCACCUGUCGCAGUGACAACAGAAUGGAGAACAUGUGGCCCACCUGGAGGCUAUAGCCUUCAGUGCUUCAAUGACUCUGACCCUGAGUUGUCCACCAGAGGCACACCUAUCUCAGACAAGGUCCAGAUGAUCAUAGAGAGCCUUAGGAGCACCCAGUCCUCACUCGAGAUGGGCGACGAGCUUGAGGGAAAUGUGCUAUCAGGACAAGACGAUCAUUCCCAAGUCUGCAAGGUUGCAAUGGGUUCUUAUGUGGGAGCCAAAUCCAAAAUUAAAGGUCCCACUGAAACCCCGCAAGCUGAUGCUUCCUCCCCAAUCAACCAUGAGAGCAGUGACUCCGACAGUGAUGGUUCUGUGGACAGAGGAAUUGAGGAGGCAAUACUGGAAUACUUGAAAGAAAGGGGUGAUAACAAACGCAAAGCAGACCCAUGUUCCACGUUUCUCCAAGCUUCCAAAAUUCAGAGGAAGGAUACAGCUAGUCCUGAUGUUUCUGAACAGACCUCUGACAUUAAUACAUUCUUGUUUUCAAGCGACCCCUAUCCAAAAAGUUUCAAAGUCGAAACCCCGACAGCACCAGCUGUUAUACCUGUAAAAAAGUCUAUCAAAAACAAGGCCUCCCUUAACGACAAUAUUGUGAAGAAAUUAGAUUCUGAUAAAAUUACAAUGACCAAAAUUUCAGCCUUCCCAGUAAAGGUGGAAGAAGACUCCAAUGAUUCCAGUAGUGAUGAUGGCAUCGAAGAAGCCAUUCAAAUAUACCAGCUAGAGAAAAUGGAGCAGCAGAACAGAGGGGAAGAAUUAAAUCUCCCUGCAAGCAAAGGGGAGUCUGAUUCCACCAGCGAUGAUGGGAUUGAAGAAGCUAUUCGCUGCUACCAACUUGAGCAACUUAAGGAGAAGAGUGUCCUGAAACCAUUCACGCACACAAAAGAUCCCUGCAGUAAGUCGUUUAUACAGGGUGUUGGAAGUACAAGCAUUGGAAGCAUGAAUAAACCCAAAGUGAGGAAGAAGAAGACCAGAACGGAGAAAGAAGUGAAAUCUGUACCUCCAUCUGCUUUCAUAUCCAAGAAUUCACUAUCAGAGAACCAGAAAGGUAAUGGAAAUGGUUUACUUUCAUUUAAAGUGGAAUGUCUUAAAGAUCAACCUACACCUGCUCCCCCAAAGGCAAACACAACGGCAGAGCUCAUGUGUGCUGAGGCAAUAUUGGACAUUUCGAAAACUGUUUUGCCCGGAGUCUUCCAUCCCAGUGUUGACCUUGGCAGUUGUGCGACUACUGAAUCUCCCUCAAAGUCUUCAACCCCUGACACUUGCCCAGAUGAGGAAAGUGAUGACAGCUCCAUCGAUAGUGAAGAUGGGAUUGAGCAAGAGAUCAGAAUGUUUCUUGAGCAGAAGGCCCAAGUUAACAAACUGCCACCUUGCUCCACUGUUACCCAAGAGCCUCAAAGUGAGAAUGAACCAGAAAAAGUGAAAGCAAAACAAGUUGCAACCCAGAAGAAACCUUCAAGAAUGUCGGUGACACAAAGAAGAAAACUCAAAGAGGAAAACAGUAGCGAUCCCAACAUGUCAGGUAUUGAUAAAAACAUGACAGUAACAGCCCCGAUAUCUUUACCUGAUCACAGAAAAGAUUUGAGCCCAUUGAUGUUUUCCAACAGAAGUCAGACUCACCCAAUAGCUGGAUUACAUAAGACUGAACAAGGUGGCGAUAAAAGCAGCUCACUUGACAGUGACGAGGACCUAGACACUGCCAUAAAAGACCUGCUCAAGACAAAAAAGAAGACAAAGAAAAAGACAAGAGACUUGAAGCGGCAAUCAAGGAAGUGCCUUAAUGAUGAAGAAUCACUGCUAACAAAUGCCUCACAGACCAAAAAGUCCAAACCUGAGCCUUUUUCUAAGCGCAGUGCUGUGAAGAAAGUACAGAAGAUUAAAGAUGAAGUGAAAGAUACAACUGGAUUGAGUCAGAUGAACAUUUCUCAACAUAAACAAACUGAUCAAAGUAACGAGCAGGAUGUGCAUGGAGGUGAAACACGGACAUGGAAAGGGACUGAAGGUCAAGACUCCAUGUCGCUGCACAACUCUCACACUCUUCUUGAGGUAAAGGAAGACAGUACUUCAGUAGACAGCGACGAUAGCAUUGAGCAAGAGAUCAGAAGAUUUCUGGCUGAAAAGGCCAAAGUACCGACUGCAGUGAAAAGUAAAGACGCAGAUGUAUCAAGGAAUGGUACUGUCGUGGUUUGUAGCCUACUUCGAGAAGAAGAUAUCCAUCAGGAAAAUCAGCUGGCUGAAAUUCCAAGACAAAGUAUCACCAACCCUUUCUCUAGACAGUCUCUUCCAACACCACAGAGUUUGGUGCCAGACAUCUCAACCGUUGGUGCACAAUCACGUCUGUCCUCAGUCCAGUCUUGUAGCCCCAGUCCUUUGGAGCCAGCAGAUGGGGCAGGGGCUGCUAGAACCGAGCAACGGUGGUCUAACACGGGAGGAAGUGAGGUCCAGGAAGUUGCCCCACAGUUGGAGAGAGUUAAACCGGUUUUGAGUUCCAGCAUUGCCCAUUCUCGUUCUGAGUCAAUCAAGUGGCGUCAGAGCCUGGGACUCCCGAUUACUGACACAAGGACUCUCAGUCGGCUACCAUUCCAUAUCACCUCAUCUAAAAUCAGCAAGACUGCAUCAGCAACUCUACCAUAUCAAAGCACAGGCAUCCACCUCAGUUCACAGACUCCUGUCUCUGCUUGGUCCUCCACAAGGACCAGCGUAGCACCCUUCCCCUGGACUACAGAGAAGACAGUAAAUACCACAUACAGAUCCCCUGUUUUGAACCUAUUGUCCGCUCCCAGGCAGCAACCAAGGUUGUCCUUUACACAGAGCCAGGCACCUGGCCACAGCUCACCUUGCCCUUUAGAAGGAGAGACGCAGAGUAUGGUGCAUAUGCCUAAGGACAAGAGUGUGUUUGUCGAACUGGAAUCAAACAGGACCAACCAUGUCCAGGUCCGAAGCAGGGAAAGGAGCGAGGGAAAGGAGACAGCAGAUUUGCUAGUUGAGAUAAAGAAAGAAGGCAAGAGAUUGAAGAUAGGUGAUAAAGAAAUGCACCUAGAAAGAAAACAGGAAGAAUUUGUAGAUGAGGCAGAUUGUGAGUCAGUCAACAGGAUAAAUCCAGAGAAGAAGCAGGGCUUUUCCACAUUGUCUUUGUCCAGUGCCAUUGACCCUGGCAUCACCAUCAGACCUUGCAUAGCUCUCACCACAGAGGAGAGAAGCAGGAUGUUCUGCAGGAAGCAACUGUCUGAAAAUUGCAAGAAGGGGAAAGCCUCUCUCGUUAGUAUACCUGUGCAGAAAAGAAGGACUCUGCAGCGCGUCAAAAGAAAGCUGCAGUUUGUUCCAGUGGACAGGUAUGUGAUUGUCUCUUCAGCGAGUGAUCACUAUCAAACAGAACGUUUCAUCUCAGUUCAUUUCCAUCUUUUUGCAGGAGAAGUGAAGCACCCAGCGAGCCCAGCAUGACCAAAUAAAUCUCUAAUUUGCAUUCAAAAUGUGCAUGUAGAACAAUGUUUGAUGUAACAGUCUGCAGGUUGUUGGAUAAUUACUUUGUACUUCAUUUAAGUGUUAUUUUAUUGAAGGUUUCUUGUCAGUUUUGAUGUUCCAGACUAAUGGAAGUUUUAUAUUUUGGAAUAUACCCUUUAUUUUUAUUGUCCCAUUUUUUAUUUUUGAGAAAACAAUGGUUAAUGCCCUGUUUAUAAUGUUAUACAUUUAGUAGAGCUUCCAAAAUUCGCAUUAAUACAUGGGGAAAAAAAGUUCAAGUUUACUAAUUUGUUUAUGUAGCAAAUAAAGGGAAUUUCGUUUUGGAGUAAAAAAGUAAAUUCUAAUAUGCAGAGUUUUAGUAUUUUUGUUAAAUGCUAUUGUAUAUUGUAUAUUCAAUUCACACUGGGUUGUCAUUGGCCAUAGAUGACAUGGGUUUCUCUUCACACUGCAGCUGUUGUUUAUAGAACGUCUCUAAUGUGUCAUCUUUAUUGCCAAACAUGUUCUUAUGGAGUUAUUUCUUGAUGUUAACAUUUAUAUACAUUGUAUAGCUCUGUAAUAGUAAGGCAUUGCUUCCAGUGGUGUUGAAGUUUUUCAAUAAAGUUGUGAAGGUU